AUGCCGAAAGGUUCCUUGACUGAUGCACACAUGCAGGCACCAUGCUUCUGCUUGUCCUGUCGCAAGAUCAGUGGCAGUACCAACACACUCAAUUUCGUCCUCCCAGAGGACAAGUUUAGCGUCAUUGCUGGCUCCACUAAAAAAUACUCUGAAAUUCACGAGAGCGGCAAGAAACUGACAAUCUACUUCUGCGGUGACUGCGGAAGUACUAUCUACAAAACACACGAGCUAUUCCCUGGAAGUGUUGUGGUCCUAGCGGGUACACUAGACGACGUCAAUGGACUUGAACAGGCAAAACCGCAGGUCGAGUUAUUCACAAAACGCCGGCCUUCGUGGCUACCCGGUCUUUCCUGGGCUGAACAGAAGGAUGAGUUCUGA